GACUGACACGGACUCGUUCGUAUUGCAGAUUAUGCAGCCAAAUCAUGGAAAGUUCAGUGGUGGCUAUUGGAUGGCUGGCUCUCGCUUCUCUAUCUAGUGUCUUUCACUGCUAUUGCGUACCUUUGGCGACCAUCCGACAAUAACAGAAGAUAUGUAUAUCUCGAAUCUCCUCGAACUAUUCAUACUUACUUCAUACUUUUUGAUAUCUACAUUGGCCAUGUCAGAAGAGCUUGCCCAAGAUGAGGCAGAUGCAGAGGACUACGACCUCGAGUACCUGGAACGCGGCAGAGGAGCCAGGGACGACGACGAGGCAACCCUUCGUGGAGAUGAACACGGACAUCCUGUGGGUGAAGACAGCAUUGUGUUCGAGAUUGGGGAUGAAGAGGAAGAUAUGACACCUAUAACAGCAAAAUCAUCAGCUCCGACCCGGCAUCGUCCUGAACGGUUGUCGGGAGAGCAUGCGGAAGAAGAGAGGAGAGGGCUGAUGAGCGAAAAUGGGGGUGGACACCAGUGACCAAGGGACUGCUCGGAUACUCGUAAAAGUAAUGUGUAUAUUUUUCUCUGUUGCUUUCACACUUGUUUAGAACAAAAGCCUGUCCGUCAA